GGCUAGGGAGCUGUCAGAUUCCAGGGUACAGCACCCGAGAAACCUCUUGGACUUCCUGACGCUUGGAUACAGACCCUGCAACCUCUAGGAUUAGUGCCGCAGACUCUUACUUGUCCAGCAGUUCCGAGUUGGCCAAGACAUGGAAAGAGCAGGGACGCCGGUUUAAGGUCUUCGUCUCCCGCGGUCGGAGGGGUGGAACCGGUGCACGGUGGCUCAUGUUUUUUGGGGUGGAAAGGAGGGCAACCCGCCCUGCAAAGAGGCAGAGGAACCGUAGGUUUUGUUGGAGGACUGUCCUGGAAGAAAUAUUCUGCUGCGUCAAGGGAGCGCGGGACAAGGAGAGCUGUCCUGGUGAGAAGAGAGCUCGGGAGCUGCUCAUCGAAAACGAGGGGAAUGGUGGCGAAAGAAUGAAUUGCCAGCCGGCGGACAGUAUCAGCAAUGAAGAGACUAUAGAGGACGGGGGUAACAUGGAUUUGGAGGCACUGGAGAGCAGUCACAGCCCUGCUCCAGACAACCCAUACGAGCGGGAAGGAUGCACAAACCGUAGCCCCUUACCGCAGAGGGGGCUGCCGGAAAAAGAGGUGAAGAGGUCACAGCCGCUACUUAUAAACAGUAGCAGGUGGGGGAGACUGCGAGAUGACGAGAUGAGGUCCUCAUCCCUCCCCGACAUCCCAAAUCCUUUCCCUGAGCUCUGUAACUCCUCUCCCAUAUUAAGCAACACCCCAACCAGUCGCUCCUCGCAGGAAGGGGGUCCGCAUGUGGUGAAGGUAUACAGUGAAGACGGCACAUGCCGCUCCUUGGAGGUGACGGCGGGGGCCACAGCGCGACACAUCUGCGAUAUGCUGGUGGAGAAAGUCCACUGCCUGAGUGACGAGAGCUGGUCUGUGGUGGAGCUGCAUCCCCACCUGGGGCUCGAGCGCUGCCUUGAAGACCACGAGUCGGUGGUAGAGGUUCAAGCAAUGUGGCCGGCUGGAGGAGACAGCAAAUUUAUCUUUCGCAAGAACUUCGCCAAGUAUGAACUGUUCCAGGGAUCCCCAUACGCCUUGUUUCCGGAGGACAUGGUUGGAGGGAAUUUAGAAGCGCACAAAGGACUCUCUCACUCGGAGCUAAUACAGAACUUUUUGAACUCGGGCAGCUGGCCAGAGAUCCAGGGUUAUUUACACAUGAAGGAGAGCGGCCGAAAAGUCUGGAAGCGCUUUUACUUCUUCCUGCGAAGAUCCGGUCUCUACUACUCCACCAAAGGAACGUCUAAGGACCCUCGACACCUCCAGUAUUUUGCCGAUGUAAAUGAAUCCAAUGCCUACUGCUUGACGCAGGGAAAGAAGCUUUACAAUGCCCCCACGGACUUUGGUUUCUGUUUAAAGCCUUACAAAAUGCGGAGCGGCACUAAAGGUCUGAAGAUAUUAUGUAGUGAAGAUGAACAAGCGCGUACCUGCUGGCUCACGGCUAUCCGUCUGUUCAAAUACGGCGCUCAGCUGUAUAAAAACUACCAGCUCUCCAGACGCAGUCCCCAGUCUUGGAUGGAACCCAGUAAACAGCGCAGUGCAUCUGAUAACACGAUGGUCCCCAUGGAUUUCUCGGGGUGCACGGGUCGUGUUAUAGAGAAUCCUCUCGAAGCGUUGUCCGUGGCGUUGGAAGAGGCUCAGUCCUGGAGGAAAAAGACAACUCAUCGUUAUAGCCUGCCCACCCCGUGCCAGACCAGUCUAAACAGUGCAGGAAUUCACAAGACGCAGGCGUGGUAUCAUGGCCGGCUGUCACGAGACGAGACGCAGCGCCUCAUCGCACAGCAAGGAAUGGUGGAUGGAGUUUUCCUGGUGCGAGAGAGCACGAGAAACCCAAAUGGAUUUGUUUUGUCUUUGUGCCACACGCAGAAGAUCAAACACUACCUCAUCUUACCGUGUGAAGAGGAUGGCAAACCCUAUUUCUCCAUGGACGAUGGGCAGACCAAGUUUGUUGACCUUAUCCAACUGGUUGAGUUCCACCAAAUCAACAGGGGGAUCUUACCGUGUACCCUCAAGCACUACUGCACGUCGGUGGCAUUAUGAUUGGGUCUUCUCCACCAUGAAUAUCAGUCGUCAUGAAGGAAAUGACCAGCCCGCCAUGUUUUUUUUUUUUUUUUAUGGCUAUUUCACCCUGAAUGAUCUGCCUACCAGCUUGAAGAUACCACAGCUGCGGGAUCAUGCAUGGUUGCAGCUUUUUAAUGCCUGGAUUUUCUCGGUGGCAAUUGUUCUUUAAGCACCUAAAUCCUCCUCUUAGUGGUAUAAUUUUAUCAACCCAUGGACUGAGGUUUUUUUCAGGAUGUACAGUCGAUAAGCUACAGUUGACUCCACAUUGUUAAAAAUCCUUUUGCAAGACUGUUAAAUGGCUCAAGUACAGACAAAGAAAAGCUGUCGCUAAUCUCUUGAAGUCGCUGAAAGCCAUCAGGAAUAAGGCACUCGGUGUCUGCCAAAGGAUUGAUGCUGGUGCCUGUUGAUGAGAGCACUGUAUUGUAUAUAUCUACAAGGCCAGUUCAUGUCUCAUAUUUUAUAUGAUAAAGCUUAUCUAUAUAUUUUUUUGACUUUUAUUUUCUCUUAUUUUUGUACAAAACCCUCUAACCUCAGUCUACUUAUGAAGAGAAACUGUUAUUUAUAUGUACCCAGAGUCACGGAAAUAAAAAAUGUUCACUACCCAAAA